AUGGCUUUCUUGGGCGGUGUCAUUCUGAUCACGCAGCGGAUCUCAGAGCCUCAACUGCGAGAUGCGAUCACCCAUGAGCUCGGCGCGCCCAGAAAUGACGCCAGCAUGUAUGCGAAGCAGCUUUCGGCUUCUCUCUCGCACGCCCUCGCCAAGUGGAGGGGGGACGUUGACGGAUCAAGGUCGCACCCCGCAGUGAAGCAGGUCGGUGAGAUUGGGAGGCUGCAGGCAGGAUCUAUCUACAAGGCGCGCCACGCGAAGGCGCCGACGGGCACCCCGCUGAACGCGAAGAUCUUGAGGCCACAUCUGGGCGACCCCAUCAGCGUCGCGCCCUCGCCGGGCGGCGCCGCCGCCCCCAGGGGGAACCUUCCCGCCGAGACGGGCGACAAGAAGAAAAAUAACGAGAAGUUCGAGAUUUUCACUGUCGACUACGACCGCGCGCCCCUGAUAGGGCAGAGCGGCGCGACGACCGCGGAGUGCAAGUUGGCGCCGGGGCCCGACGGCAUGUGCGCGGCCAAAGUGCACGGAGACGACGAGGAGACGGAGGUCGAGGUGGAGGAACUGGAGGUGCCCGCGGUCAAGAAGGCGAAGCCCGCUGCAGCGGUUGCCCCCGAGCGGAAAUACACCGCGAUGUGGUGCAAGAGGGACUGGUGCAGCGCCGUGCGGGAGAAUUUCGGCAACGAGCGUCAGGCGUGCUCUAUCGGCAAGAAAUCCGACCGCUACAGCAAGGAGGAGAAGAUGAAGGCGGCGGAGGGGCUCGCGAAAUUGCUGCAUGAGAACAAAAGUAAGCUGCUG